AUGGCUAUUCUUUCUCUUGUCGUUCUAACCGGGCUCUACCUGUCGACAGCCUCAGGGCAAGCGCCUCCGCGCCCUGAACCCUUCACAGUCGUCGAACUUCCCCUCCCUCCUGUCGUGUCGAGCAACACUAUUGGGGCCUGCACCACUGACGUGAAUCCACAUCGAACGGGCUGUAUCGGUCAGGUUUCAGAGGGAUUUCAGGCGGGUGAUUUUGCACCGGACGGAAAGCAUAUCAUUGUCAAUGUCGAGUUCGUAGGCGCUCCGGCUGCUCCGGAUCCCGCCAGCAUAUAUACCGGUGAACAGCUUAUCCUCGUCAAAGCGGACGGCACCACGUUUGCCAACGGUGACCCAUGGAGGUGCCUUAGCUGCGGCGUUCCCGCUGCAAAUGCCCGGUCACUGGACCCCCAGAGAGACUAUCCUCAUGUUGCUCGCAGUGGGAAAAGGGCUCUCUGGGGCCACAACAUCGUGGAAUGCAGCGGCCUGGUUUUGACCAGCGAGGAAUGCACUCCGAAUAAGACCUUUAUCUACCCCAUUUACUGGCCAGUGAACGCAGAUGGUUCGGGACCAGGUGGAGCUCCCCGUGAGAUGCGUAUGCAUCCAGACGAUGAGCACAUGGGAUGGAGCUCGUUCACGUCGAAUGGAGGACAGUUUGCUUACUUUGGCCGACUUACAUUCAACAAGAACCCAUCGACUGGCGACGUCCGAGCCCCUCGCUAUGACCUGGUCGAUGUGAGCGUGCUGGUUCAAUCAAACGGGCCGGCUGCUAUUAUGGCAAACGGAGAUGAACUAGAGUUACAUGAUGAGGCCAUCACAGUCGGAGAGCUGCGCGGAUUCAGCGGCUCUGGGGAUGAGAUUCUUUACAUUGGCUCCCCUCGGGAGGCAAAUAAUAUCGACGUGUUUGCUGUCCACCUUGUCACUGGCGCUGUUCGGCGUCUAACGAGUCACCCUGAAUAUACAGACCCUGUCGCGUUCUCUCACGAUAAUAGGUGGUUUGUCGCAAUGGACACCCGGGGCUCCAAUCGCCAGAUGUGGAUGUCUGGGAUGCGCAUGGUCCCUCCCUUAAUUGACCUUGUCGCUGUCACGGCCGCAUCUUCAACCCGCAACAAUGGCCCGCGUCGCUUCUUUCAACCUAUCUUGAUCGAUCGCUAUGGUGACCGUGGUGACUACUUUGGUCAGCAAGUCAAUGCCGAAGGCGACGCCAGUAAUGGGAGCAUUAACGACCCUAACUGGAACGGCCGCGCAGAUCCGGCCUUUUCCCCAGAUACCACUCGGAUUGUCUUCUGGCAAGCCUUGGUGACGUCUCCUUCCUGUGGAGGCGUGAACCCACUGGUAUGCCCUAACUCGACUGCCGACGGAGGACGCCGCUACCGUCUCAUGGUGGCUCAUGGUACUAGUCGCCAACCCACGAAACCCGCCCCAGUUUUCAAAGUCCCUGCCGCGAUACCAUGGGCGACACCAUUUCCCCCUGGUGCUACAAUCCCGAAGCAAUACAGACUCCCAGCAGGGAACUACACCCUUAAAGGGCAGAUUAGCGGCAUUGCAGAGGUCGCCAUCAUGGCCAACCCAGCAACAGGCGGGUAUCAGACCAUCUCCGUGGAGUACGACAAUUACUCCGAUGAUGGAAAACAUAUAAUAAACGGCUACGAGUCCGUCACUUCCAAUCCCGAUCCCUCCAACCCGUGGAUGAACAGGCUGAACUGGUUGUCAGAUCUUCAACAGACGGGCGUAGUCAAUGCGACGAAGAAGACGGGUCCAGGAGGGUUCCAGCUGUCUAUUGAUGCUGUGACGAACAUCUUUGAAGCGAAUGGGACGCUGACUACAACUAUUGACGGGGUCGCGUAUCGACAGCCCGCUAAUGGGACUUGA